GGAAGUUCGUCAGGACCGCAGAAUGUUCCAGCUCAGUUUAGCCGAGUGACCUGAAACGUCCUCAAAGUCCCUUUGGGCUGCUAAAAAUCUGUCUGCCGAAUAACAAACGUCAGGACUUCUUACACUAUGGUCUUUGAGGAGAAAAUGAUUACAAAUGGGGAGCCUGACGAGGAUGAAGAGGAAGAAGAGGAGGAGGAGGAAGAAGACAUGGUGGACCCUUUAGACGCUGUGAGGCAGAAGUGUGAGGAAACGCACCACUGUGUACACAUGCGGGAGAAGCUGGAUGUCUGCGAGACCCGUGUGGGCUCGCGGUCAGAAACCCAAGAGGACUGCACGGAGGAGCUCUUUGACUUCUUACAUGCUCGCGACCACUGUGUGGCACACAAACUGUUCCAUUCAGUGAAGUAAACUUUGCUGAUAGUCGGUUCCACUGGCUGCUGUUCUACAGAUAUACAGUAAAAUCGUAUUCAAAUGUGCUAAAAUGACUACAAUUGUAACGAAAGACACCGACCUGGUUAUACUGUCCAAAUGUUAGAAAUGUCCUGAAAUUAGAUUUAAUGUGUUUGUGUGGAUGUAUUUGAGUAAGUAUUAAAAAUGGACUAAAGCUA